GAAAUACCAGAGCUAGAAAGAAGAAUCUCAUGGCUCCUAACACCCAGAACACCCCAUUGCUAGAUCACGACAUUGAGGUUGCCGUUUCCGAAUCCAAAGCCUCUUCCCCGACCUCUAUCAGAUCGUCCACCACCGGCGGCUGGCGGUCCGCCUCCUUUAUUAUAGGGGUGGGAUUUGCGGAGAGGUUUGCGUUCUAUGGAGUCAGCUCGAACCUGAUAACGUUUCUGAGUGGGCCGUUGGGGGAGUCGACGGCAACGGCGGCUGUGCACGUGAACACGUGGUCAGGAACGGCGGCCUUACUUCCUAUGCUGGGAGCCAUUGUCGCCGAUUCAUAUCUCGGACGCUACCGUACCAUCCUGUUCUCCACUAUGCUCUACAUCUUGGGACUAGGCUUGUUAGCAUUUUCAGCCAUGCUUCCUUCUCUCAGUGGUUUUGCAUGCGAAAAGACCAGUGAAUUCACUUCCUGUUACUCUCAGCUCGAAGUAAUAUUUUUCUACUUCUCUCUAUAUCUGGUAGCAUUAGGGCAAGGUGGAAACAAACCUUGCAUACAGGCUUUCGGAGCUGAUCAGUUCAAUGGACAAGAUCCAGUGGAGAGCAAAGCCAAAAGCUCAUUCUUUAACUGGUGGUACUUUGGUAUCUGCUCCGGCUCCUUAUGUACGCGAUUGAUAUCAAGCUACGUGCAGGACAACUUCAGUUGGGUUCUUGGAUUUGGACUUCCUUGCAUUGUCAUGAUUCUUGGACUGUUUGUUUUCUUCUCCGGAACAAGAACUUAUCGGUAUAGCAUCAUAGGCAAUGGACAAAGCCCUUUUCGCAGAAUCGGUAAGGUAUUUGUUGCUGCAUUUAAGAACUGGCGAGCUAAUAAUACAUCAGACACUUUCGGAAACAUGCAUCAUCAAAGUUCUGAACAGUUCAAAUUCCUCAACAAGGCAUUGCUAGCACCAGAUAGUAACUUGAAGGAAGACAGGAAGCAGUGUACUGUCUUUGAGGUAGAAGAAGCAAAGGUUGUUCUUAGUCUUUUUCCGAUAUGGAGUACAUGCUUGGUGUUUGCAAUUGUUCUUGCACAAAUGCCAACUUUCUUUACCAAGCAAGGGGGUACCCUAGACAGAACAAUUAGAGCAGGCCUUGACAUUCCAGCAGCUUCGCUUCAGUCCUUUACAAGCCUCAUCAUCAUAUGCCUCAUUCCUUUGUACGAUCGCAUUUUUGUUCCUAUUGCAAGUGCUUUCACCGGAAAACCCUCCGGCAUUACAACGCUACAAAGAAUCGGAACUGGGAUAUCUUUAUCUGCUGUUUCCAUGAUAGUUGCAGCUUUCAUUGAGACCAAAAGACUUGAAUCUGCUGAAGAGUUUGCUCUGCUUGAUAUGCCACAUGCUACCAUUCCAAUGAGUGUGUGGUGGUUGAUUCCUCAGUACUUGUUGAUUGGAGUGUCUGAUGUGUUCACGAUGGUUGGUCUGCAAGAGUUUUUCUACGAUCAGGUACCAAAUGAGCUAAGAAGUGUAGGAGUUGCCCUCUACCUCAGUAUAUUUGGUGUCGGAGACUUUUUGAGCAGCUUUCUUAUCUCCGCCAUAGAGGAAGCAACCGGCGGAGAAGGCCGAGUUAGCUGGUUUUCCAAUAAUCUGAAUCGUGCUCAUCUUAAUUACUUUUACUGGCUGCUCGCUGGACUCAGUAUAGCGGAACUGGGUGUCUUCACAUAUUUUGCAAAAUCAUACAGAUACAGAAGUGGAGUAAUAAUGGCCACUCCUCCUCAGCCUGACGACGACCUCAAAACCCCGUUGCUCCAAAACGACGUCGAGGCCGCCGUUUUGGACUACAAGCACCCCCCCACCGGCUCCGGCGGCUGGCGCUCCGCCAUCUUCAUAAUCGGUGUUGGAUGUACGGAGAGGUUCGCAUUCUACGGCGUCAGUUCGAACCUGGUGACGUUUCUGAGCGGGCCGUUGGGGGAGUCGACGGCGACGGCGGCGGAGAAUGUGAACACGUGGUCCGGGACCGCGUCUUUGCUUCCGUUGCUCGGCGCCGUUGUCGCCGAUUCGUUUCUCGGUCGCUACCGCACCAUCGUUUUCUCUUCUCUGCUCUACAUCCUGGGGCUAGGCUUGUUGAGUUUCUCGACUAAGCUACCUUCUCUCACUGGUUCUGAUUGCGAAAACAGCAGCCAGUUGACAUCAUGUUAUUCUCAGCUCCAAGUAAUAUUCUUCUACUUCUCACUAUAUCUGGUAGCAGUAGGGCAAGGGGGAAACAAACCUUGCAUACAAGCUUUCGGAGCUGAUCAGUUCGAUGGACAAGAUCCGGUGGAGAGCAAAGCCAAAAGCUCAUUCUUUAAUUGGUGGUACUUCGGUAUCUGCUCAGGCUCCUUAUGCACACGAUUGGUAUCAAGCUACAUACAGGACAACUUCAGUUGGGUUCUGGGAUUCGGAAUUCCUUGUAUUAUGAUGGCCCUUGGCCUAUUUGUUUUCUUGUCCGGAUCAAGAACUUAUAGUAGUGUCGAAGGGGAUGGGAAAAGCCCAUAUGCUAGAAUUGGUAGGGUUUUUGUUGCUGCAUUAAAGAAUUCACGUACUACUCCUUCAGACCUGCCUCACCAAAGUUCUGAAAAGUUCAAGUUCCUCAACAAGGCAUUGCUAGUGCCAAAUAGUGAAUCGAAGGGCUGUAGCAAGGUCUGUACCGAAUCUGAGGUAGAAGAAGCAAAGGUUGUUCUUGGUCUUUGUCCGAUAUGGUGUACAUGUCUGGUGUAUGCUAUUGUCCUUGCACAGAUGUCGACUUUCUUUACCAAGCAAGGGGCAACAUUGGACAGAGAAAUUGCAGCCGGCUUUGAGAUACCAGCUGCUUCACUUCAGUCUUUUACCAGCCUGAUUAUUAUUCUCUUCAUUCCUGUUUAUGAGCGUAUCUUUGUUCCGAUGGCAAGUGCUUUCUCUGGAAAUCCCACCGGCAUUACAACACUGCAAAGAAUCGGAACUGGGAUAUUUUUAGCUGCUCUUUCCAUGAUAGCUGCAGCUGUCGUUGAGUUUAAAAGGCUUGAAACUGCUCAAGAGUAUGCUCUGGUUGAUAUGCCACAUGUUACAAUUCCAAUGGGCGUGUGGUGGUUGAUUCCUCAGUACUUGUUGAUUGGAGUGUCUGAUGUUUUCGCGAUGGUUGGUCUGCAAGAGUUUUUCUACGAUCAGGUACCAAAUGAACUAAGAAGUGUAGGAGUUGCGCUCUACCUCAGUAUCUUUGGUGUGGGAAACUUUUUGAGCAGCUUUCUUAUCUCGGCCAUAGAGGAAGCAACCAGCGGAGAAGGCCGAGUUAGCUGGUUUUCCAAUAACUUGAAUCGUGCACAUCUUGAUUACUUUUACUGGCUGCUCGCUGGACUCAGUGUAGUGGAACUGGCUGUCUUCACAUACUUUGCAAAAUCUUAUCGAUAUAAAAAGAGAGAUAUCCUAGAGUUGAUUCCUUCUUCAAUAAGGAGCAUUGCCAUGGAUUCUCUAGCAACUCUUUUGCCAUCAUCAGAUUUAGCAUUUGGCACUACAUCUUCUCCGAUCUAUGGGCCACGCUCCUUCCUCCACGUCUCCGACGCCACCGUCCUUGCCCAGGCCCGCGACCUCGACGAGAAGCUUCGCCGGAAUAAGGAGGUGGGCCCCCUGGCCGGGGUGCUCGUGGCCGUGAAGGACAACGUAUGCACGGCGGAGAUGCUGUCCACGGCAGGGUUGAGGGUUUUGGAAGGGUACACGCCGCCGUAUGAUGCUACUGCUGUGAGGAAGAUUAAGGAGCUGGGUGGGAUUGUGGUCGGCAAGACCAAUUUGGAUGAGUUUGGAAUGGGCAGCACCACUGAAGGCUCCGUGAAGUUGUGGAUGAGUUUGGUCAAAAUCAUAAAUUCAGUGAAGUUGUGGAGAUGA